UAAUUUGAACUCACUCACAUGGCAAGUUGUGCAUUUUCUUACAAGCAUUUACUUCCAGAGAUCUAUACCCAUUACAGAGCACUUAGUAGCCUUAUGGUUGGCUUUGUUUACUGAUCAUAGAUUUUUGAAUCACAAUUUUCACAUCUCAAGAAAUAUAUACGAUUGGUUGGAGUGACCACCUAUUUUUAUUGGUUGGAGUUUUCGUUUCUUUUUCAAUUAAGAAAAAAAAAAUGAACUGCUCGUCCUCACUAGCUGUUGCAGCCAAAAGGUUAGCUGGAAAAGUAGCAAUAAUCACCGGAGGUGCCAGUGGCAUUGGCGCUGCCACCUCUACCCUUUUCGUCAAACACGGAGCUAAAGUUGUAAUCGGUGAUGUUCAAGACGAUCUUGGUCAAUCUCUUUGCAAAGAAAUCGACCAAAACGACACGGUUUCAUACCUACAUUGCGAUGUCACUGAUGACAGUGAUGUGAAAAACGUUGUUGAUUUUACGGUAAGUAAAUAUGGAAAGCUUGACAUUAUGUACAAUAAUGCUGGCAUCACUGGUGACGUGGAUCCAAAAAUUUUGGGCUCUGAUAAUGAAAACUUCAAAAGGGUUUUCGAUGUUAACGUCUAUGGUGGUUUCUUGGGGGCCAAACAUGCUGCAAGAGUUAUGAUCCCUAAAAAUAAAGGUGUUAUCCUUUUUACAUCUAGUGUGGCUUCAAAGACUACCGGAGAGUCACCGCAUGCUUAUACAAUGUCCAAGCACGCGGUGGUAGGGCUAAUGAAGAAUUUGUGUGUAGAAUUAGGGCAAUAUGGAAUAAGAGUAAAUUGCAUUUCUCCUUGUGCAAUUGCUACUCCAUUGCUAAGAAAAGCAAUGGGGAGUGAUAAAAAUUUUGUAGAACAAGUUGUUUGUGCAUCUGCCAACUUAAAAGGGGUGGUCCCGCAACCCGAGGACGUAGCGGAGGCCGCCGUGUACUUGGGUAGUGAUGAGUCUAAAUAUGUGAGUGGGCUAAACCUGAUGGUGGAUGGAGGAUACAGCACCACCAAUCAGUCAUUCAAUAUGGUACUCAAAAAUUUAGUGUCUUGAUUACAAAUUUUGCAUAAGCACGAUGAUGUAUCUAGUCACGAGAGACCUUCCUGGCUAAUAUUAUGCAUUCAUUGUAUAAUAGGCUAGGACAGUUUAAAAUAUUUUCCUACUAGUAAUUCAUUGCUAAUUAAUUCGUUAUGUAGUAGGAUUAAAGGCCAGAGACUCAUUUUUAAUGUAAUUUUUCUUUAAAAUUUAUGGAUGCACCAAACUGGUGGUUAAUGAUUGA